AUGCAAUCUUACACUAAUCGAGUAUGUGCAGUUUGUGGAGAUACUCCAGCUAAGAUUCACUACGGAGUUCUCGCCUGUUUUGGUUGUAAAGGAUUCUUUAGAAGGGCUGUGAAAGACGGAAGGAACAAAUAUGUUUGCCGAUUUGAAAGAUGUUGUGAAGUCACUAAAUUUGAAAGGAAUGCUUGUCGAUACUGUAGAUUUAGAAAAUGUCUUUUUGUUGGAAUGAAUCCAGAUUAUGUUCGACCGGAUAGAGAAAAAGGGAAAAAAGGAAAAGCAUUGCUUUCGAAAAAGAAAAGUCUCUCAAGAAGUAUGUCGAAUCGAUUGGCGGAUCCAGCUGAUUGGACAUCUCUUUUAUCUCCAUUGUCUCGAAAGCAAUUGACUGAAAUCGGAAAACUCGCUGAGACUUGUUCAACUUCCACAAAUUUCGAUGGUAUUGCGAACUUCUCGUUGAAAAGUUUGAUAGCAGACAGGUCUCUUGCAAGGAAAACAGGGGAUUUAGAAGCAAUGGAUUGCUCUGAUUCACCACGACAAAGUAGUGAACAGUUCCUUUCGAUUGAACGAAUUGUUCAAAGUGUCGAUUAUAUUGAUCGAUUUUUGAACAUGUUAGAAGAGGAACACUGCCGAAAAUUCAGUGUUGAAGAUAAAAGUGCUUUGAUCAGUGAUACAAUCAUUCAUCUACUUCUAUUUGAGUCAACUUCAAGAUUCGUUGUGAAGGGUCCUUCGGGUGUUGAAGAUCUAAAACAGUCUAUGCUUCAAUUGCCUGUAUGCACAACUCAUCUGACUCAAAAAGUAGCCGAUGUCUUCGAGAUUUAUUUGGGGAAACCACCGUCAAUUAUUGAGUAUUCAGUUCUGAAAGCAUACAUUGUCACAACUGCAGAAAGUACAGUACUCUCGAAUUCAUUGAAUGAAAGUUUAUCGUUGGCACGUGAGAAUUUAUCAGAAUUGUUAUUUAAAGUGAUCAAACACAGCAGAAACAAAACUUCUGUCUCGUCUGCAAGCAGUUUAUCAGCAAUUCUUCAUUUUAUAUUUGAGUCGAAAAAUCUUGCAACAAGUAUUCGCAAAUCUCAACAACCAUUCUACGUUCGAGAUUCUGAUCCGAAGAUUCCGUUUCAUAAGAUUCUAACAGAUAUCAUCAAUCCAGAAGUGUCUGAUUUACUUCUCACGACAGCAUCGUGUCGAAAACAAUCAAAUCAAACAAUGGGACCACCACUAUCAGCUGUUCCACCUGUUCAACAAGAAACUGUUCCAUUAUUUCAUUUCUCUCCUCCAUCAUUAUCUCCUCAUCAACCUCCUCAACAACCACAAUAUACUGAUUAUUCAAUGCCUUCUACCUCUUCUUAUCCAACUUCUUCUAGUCCAUUUCAGUCUCCAUAUCGUCCGAAUUCACUUUCAUCAUUUCCGAAACUACCUCUACAAAUGACAAAAUCAAUUGAAGAAUUCUUGAGACCAUCUGGAAUGACAGCUGAUGAAAUGAACAAACCAUUGGAAAAGAAUUGGGCAGAUGGAUUCAGAUUGACUCCCGUCUUCAAUAAAGACAUUGUUUCACAAUUUUUCCCCGAAUUAUCUAACACAAAUCAUCAUCAUCCAUUUUAA